AUGCCUGAAAUAACUGUCACCGUCAAAUGUUCUAAUGAUCAAAAGUAUAGUGUAACAAUAGAUACUUCUAAAACUGUUCUAGAUUUCAAAAAGGCCAUUGCCGAAAAAAGUGAAACGGAAGUAGAAAAGCAGAGGUUAAUAUUCUCUGGAAGAGUUUUAAAAGAUAUUGACACACUUGAAACUUACAAGAUCGCUGAUGGCCAUACUGUUCACAUGGUGAGGGGGCAAGUAAUGAGAGCUCAAACACAACCACGAUCUCCUACGACCGAGAAUACUCAAACAACACAAACAACUACUCCUCCUCAACCUGGAGUAGAUCUUUUUGGAGCAGGAGCAUUCGGAGCAUUCGGAGGCUUAAAUCAAGGUCAAUUUGGCGCCAACCCCUUUGGAGGUUUACAAAAUCCAAACCCGAUGAUGGAACAAAUUCUUCAAAAUCCAGCUGUGAUGCAAUACAUGCAACAAAUGCUUCAAGAUCCAACGUUCGUUGAAAAUAUGAUUUCCUUGAAUCCUCAACUCUCACAAAUAGCACCUCAACUUAGACAAAUGAUGCAAGACCCUUUAUUCCAAUCCUUUAUGUCAAAUCCUGAAACACUUCGAAAUAUGGCUGCUAUGCAUUCAAUGAUGGGAACUCCCGGUAUGUUCCCAGGUACUCAAGGAUUAAAUACUCCGACCACUAAUCCCAACACCAACACCAAUACCAACCCUUCAUCAACCGGUACCACUAAUGAUACUACUAGAUCAACUACAGAUACUUCUAAUAAUAAUACAACUUCUGCACCCAAUACAACCUCAGCAUCUAAUACUACACCUUUGAAUAAUCCAUUAUUUAACUUUCUUGCUGCUGCUGGAGCUGGUACAGGAAAUAAUCAAACGCAACCACCAACUAUGCCACAAUUUGACCCAUCAUUAUUUUGGGGAGCUCUUGGAGGUAUGCCGCAAACACAAACUUCACAGGUACCUCCAGAAGAAAGAUAUCAAGUUCAACUUCAACAGCUGAACGAGAUGGGAUUUUAUGAUCCUCAGAGAAAUAUUCGUGCAUUACAAAUGUGUUCAGGAAAUGUUAAUGCAGCAAUUGAAAGAUUAUUGGAUCCUUCAUUUAAUUAA